AUGUCUAGUAACGUCUCAAAUAUCUGUCCUGUUGGGGUUUUUCAUUGUAAAGAAUGUGAUUUUGUCUCCGAUUCGCAAGGCGGCCUUGGUGUUCAUCGCGUUAAAAAGCAUAAAGCUUCCAAUUGCGAUAACAUUCAUUCUGUGUCUGUAAUUUGUGAAUACCCUAAGGGCAAACCAUUUUAUUGUUGUAUUUGUGACACAAUUAUUAAAUCUUGGCCAAACUUUACAAGACAUUUCAGAGCUAUCCAUCCCGAUAUUCCGCUUAUUACUUCUGCAUGGUGCACAUGGUGUGAUAGACAAUUUAAAAAUCUUAAAGCAGUUGGUGUACAUAUGAAAAGAGAACAUGACAUUUCCUCAUCGACGAUUAUCCCUUCCGAUGAACCGAUUUUGUCAUCUGUUAAUUUUGUUGAUAGUCAACUUUCAAGUGGUCAGCAGUUAUAUGAUAACGGCCCCCCUGCUGCUACACAAUUGCCAAAUCGUGUUAACACCAGAAGACAUGCCCGCAAAUCUAAUUCCAACCAUUGCCUCAAAGACCCCUCCAUUCCCAGUACAUCAGACGGUCCCUCCUCUAAACCUCCCUUUGGUCCCGCUACUUCCACAACCCCCUCAUCCCAAUGUCCUUCCUCUAUUCAACCUUCCCUUGAUCCUGUGGUCGCCUUUAAUGGUUGUACUGCUGUUGACAAUCCCCUGCCUCCUAAUAACCCCACCACUCUUGACUCAACGGUCGCCUUAAAUGGUUGCACUGACGAUGACAGAAUUUCCCGUAUUCCCGAUUCACCUCCCACCCCCAAAUCCCAAGACCCUCUCCCCAAACGUAUGUCGCGCAAAAAGAGGAACUUGAAGAAACGUAAGAACAAACCCUACUCUCCAUCUCCUGUUUUGUCUACUGUUGCUUCAACGAGUAAUACCCCCGCAGAGGUUUUUACACCCUCGGUUGAGAACUCGUCACCAUCCACUAGCUACACACAGCCAACUAUGGAGGACAUCACAGUUGCUGAGGAUCCCUUUCCAUCUUCAUCCUCUUUUUCGAGUAGACCUUCUUCGCCAUGUAAUCCAGAAAUGGAUCGUGUUAGUCCCUCUUCUCAAGAUAUCAUCAAUGAGUCAAAUGAUACGUUCCAGAUCCCUCCCCCCCUUUCCCCUCAUCGAUUCAUCUCUCAGUCCGCUGAAGUCACCAACGACCUUCCUUCCAAUCCUUCUUCACUCAUGUUUGACACCGUUCCUCCCCCUGCUUCGAACAAUAACGAUUCCCAACCCGGCUUCCACUCCCAUAUCGCUGGUAACUGGUCAGCUACCUCCCAAGCAGUUGAUUCAGAUUCUGAAGCAAGGGUCUCCUUUACUGGUGAUACUGUUGUGGAUUCAUCUGCUCCUGUUGGAACAUCGGAGGAAAUCCCAUUCCAUCCAAACCCGGACAUCGAAAAUGUCUCUGAUUUUGUCAAUAUUUGGUCGAGCAAAAUAUCAUCUGCCUCUGACUUUGGUGAAUUUAGUAAGGUUUGUGACGAUCUUGCAUCGGCUGUGGUUGAGAAGGGUAAAGGAAUGUCGAGCAACACCUCUGGUAGGAGAAGAUUUCCCAGACCAGCUCCAAAUCGUCCCAACCGCAGUUCUCCCCACCCGCAUAGAUCCAGAUUGCAAAAUAAUCCAAUCGAAGCAAGACGUCUCCAAACCCUAUUUCGACUGUCCAAGAAAAGAGCGGCUCGUCAAGUCCUUAAAGACAAUAACGUUGUCUAUUCGGGUUCUAAAGAUCAAGCUUUCCAAUAUUUCUCGGAUACGUUUGCGACAAAACAUGUUGACAUUGAUGAGUUGGUCCAAUCCCUUCGUGAUCAUGUUCCAUCUGCCAGUGAAGAUCCUAUCCUCAUGGCCCCAUUUACGGAGAGGGAAAUCAGACGAAAGUUAAUGUCAAUGUCUAAUUCUGCACCUGGGAAAGACAAGGUCGAAUAUCGUCAUUUGAAACUUGUUGAUCCCGGUGGUCUGUUGUUACAAUCAGUCUUUAAUCGUUGCCUAUCUGAGAAAAAGAUCCCUCUCAUCUGGAAACAUGCUACCACAAUCCUUAUAUAUAAGAAAGGCGAUAGCAGCGACCCUAGUAACUUCCGUCCAAUUGCGUUGAUGUCCUGCAUAUAUAAGUUGUUCACCUCCCUGAUGGCCGCGAGAGUUUCUCAAUUUGCUGUUGUUAAUAAUCUAAUGUCGCCCGAGCAGAAAAGCGCUAGACCAUCAGAAGGAUGUCAUGAACAUACUUUUACACUUCAAUCAAUAGUGGCUGAUUGCAAGAGGAAUAAUAAGAACUGUUUCUUUGCUUGGUUAGAUCUCAGAAACGCAUUCGGUAGCAUUUCCCAUGAGGUUAUUUACUCCACCUUAACCCAUAUGGGCUUUCCUGAUUCACUGGUUGAUCUAAUAAAGGACAUAUAUUCGAACGCAACUACAUCCAUUAAAACCUCGAAAGCUGAUGAAACUGACCCUAUUGAUGUUAAUGCAGGAGUUAAACAAGGCUGUCCCAUCAGUCCAAUAUUAUUCAACUUAUCAUCCGAACUAUUAAUAAGAUCCAUAGUGUCAAAAUGUAAUGAGAAUUCGGAUAUUGCUUUUAAACUUCAUGGUCAACCUAUAUCCAUUUUAGCAUACGCUGAUGAUUUGGUGUUAAUCAGUCGGUCAGGUGAAGGUCUUCAGGAAAUCCUCGAUGACGUUUCGCGGGCGGCAAAUGUCCUGUACCUGUCUUUUAGACCAGAUAAAUGUUGCACCUUAUCCCUAACCUGUGGUAAAAGUGAAGUCUCCCGUGUUUCAAGCAAUGUUUUCAAGGUUCAAGAUCAAGAAAUUCCUUUCCUUACGAAAGAUGAAUCCUUCCGCUACUUAGGGGUCCCGAUCGGUUUAAUAUACGACGCCAGUGAUAUGAAUUCAAUAUCAGAUAAAUUAAUUAAAGACCUGGAAAAAAUCCGUGAUUCCCUUCUUGCGCCAUGGCAAAAGUUGGAUGCCAUUAGAACGUUUAUCCAACCGUGCCUAACUUAUGCCCUUCGUGCUUGUCCAGUUAAGAAACAAUCGCUAGUUAAUUAUCGUAAGAAAUUGGUUGAGGUUCUAAGAUCCAUAUGUAAUCUCCCAAAAAGAUCAACAGUCAGUUACUUCUUUGCGAGUAAAUCGGUCGGCGGUCUAGGUCUUCAGGACCCUUUUGACGAGAGACAUAUUCAAAAAGUGGUUCAAACCAUUAAGAUCUUAUCCUCAAAGGACUCCCUAGUUCUCAAUAUUUCUCAUCGUCAACUGAAGUCCGUGGUUUAUCGUUGUUUUCAUCGUAACCCAACAGAUCAAGAACUAGAUCAAUUUCUUUCCGGCUCUAACGAAGGAGAACUAAUUAAUCAUAGUCGUGCAAAUAAUAGCCAGACAUUAUGGUCUUGUUGCAGAAUUUCGGCGAAAGCUUUGAAUAUCAAAAUAACUGAUGCCUUAUCUAAUCCCACCAUAAGUGCCAAUGAUACCACCUCGGCGAACGCUAAGUCGGUAGCAUCGUACCUUCACCGGUUAUGUCUGGAGAAACAUGCCCAAACCCUUAAAUCAUUACCCGAUCAAGGUAAAGUUGCCAGAUGCCUCCAGACCUCCAAAUUUCCAUCUACAAAUAGCUGGUGUUAUGAUGGGACCGGCAUACGUUUCUGUGAUUGGCGUUUUAUUCAUAGAGCCAGAUCUAAUACUCUCCCUACAAAUGACGUGAAGAGCAGAUUUUCAAAUGAGAAUUCUCCAAUUUGCCGUAAUUGUCACAGCGCGAGUGUUACAGAAACCCUUCCACACAUCAUCUGCCAUUGUCGUCCGAAUAUGCCUGCAAUUACCAAAAGACAUGAUAGUGUAUUACAACGGUUGACAAAUGCGAUUCAUCGUGGUACAUAUACGGUUGAUAAAGUAGUCCCAGGAGCUCCCGGUAUGAACAGACCAGAUUUAGUGAUUACGGACAACAAUAAAGUAACUAUAGUCGACGUAACUUGCCCGUUCGAAAAUGAUGAAAGUGCUUUAAUUUCUGCAGCUGAAAGAAAAGAAGAAAAGUACAAUUACUUGAUUGAACAUUUCCGUUCUCUAAACCUUCAAGCAAAAGUAUUUGGUUUCGUUGUUGGUCCUCUCGGUGGUUGGUUCCCCGGAAACGAGAAAGUAUUAGAUGAACUAUAUAUAAGCAAAAGAUAUAGAACAUUAUUUAGGAAAUUAUGCUGUGCAGAUGCCAUUAAAGGCUCUAGAAACAUCUAUGUGGAACACCUGACCGGUGUACCACAACACUAA